CUUUGUUUGACAUACUGCUUGCUAACACUAACUCAACAGUCUGACCUCCAACAGCCUACAGUUCGCCGGCCUAGCCUUAUCGGCUCUGAGGAUCUGACUCGAUCCAGUCACACCUGCGUCAGUCCGCUUGGCGACCCGGAACCGAGAGGUCUUGUAGACAGUCUGGAGGCCAUGGUGGCCAGCCAACCGUCGGCUCUGUCCCCUUUCAACCAGUUUCAUCAUCCCUCAGACUCGGCGAGUGAGGCAAACCAGAUGAAGGGGCGCCUGCAAAUACAACCACAUGCAUUGCUUCUGCUUCACCACUACCAUCAUUAUCCGCAUCAGCAACAAAUACGGCAACACCAACAGCCAAAUGAAAUGUAUCGGCUGUUGCCAGCCUCCCUUCCAGCCGUCUUCCGACCCGAGUACGGAGCUUCCUUUGGCGCGUCUGGACUCUGCAUGGACUCGACAUCGAUGCCCCCGCGAAGUCAAGGUCUGUCGGCUGUCGAUUUGGCCCGAUUGCCUCGCACCACUUCAUGUUCUCCGCCACAUGCCUCCUCUGCCCCACCAUCGCGGCCCCCUCCUCCACCUCCUCCAUCUCGUCCACCCCCUCCACCCCCCCCGCUUCCACCCGCGUCUCAUCUCCUCAAGCUGCAACCUCCUUCGCUCGCCAUCUCUUCUUCUCCUCAUGCUGGCAGAGCUGGCAUUAUCGGUUGUUUUACAGACUCGAAACAUCAGCCGCAUCUUUUGCCUGAUAGCCUCUUUUGUCUGUCGACCCAGCAACCGGUGCCCUACUGGUCUUGGCAGUCGGCAGCAUUGCACUCGUCUCCACCGUCCUUAGCGCAGACGGCGCGUUGGCCACCGUCUAUUCGGUCAGAUGAAUCCGGACCCUCUGAGGUCAGUCUGAGCAGGAAGAUUAGGUUUACAGUCAACGCGAUCCCCUCAAGAGGCCAUCAAACAUUUCCACGUUUCAUAUGCCCAGACGCCAGUUUGCUUUUAUUCAACGAUAUUUGUAGGCAGUCUAAUUGCACCACUUUUCCUGUGGCAUUUCAUGAGGUGAGAUAG